AUUGCAUGCGGACUCCCACCAUCUUAACGUGAGCACUUCCCUGGGCCCACCAUCUUAACCCGACCACUUCCCUGGGCUUUGAGCUUGAAAUUGGCACUUUAGUAAUAUUAGUUGCUUGUGAUUCUACUCGUUCAACUUUUGAACACUCAGGGCCGUGUGGUAAGUAAGGUAAGCUAAUUACUAAUUAGUUGGAAUGUCCGUUUCUCUGCCCUCUCUUGCCUGGCUGGCUGUAUCACACAUGAAACGACAUCUAUUUAUACCAUCUUAGCCUCCGAUUCUCCCUCCAUCUAUCUAAAUAUACUCCUCCCUUUCUCCCUCACAACUCAUCUCUUUCUUCCUUAUUCAUCAUUCAAUGAGAGAGAUCUUGCACAUUCAGGGAGGCCAAUGCGGCAACCAGAUUGGCUCCAAAUUCUGGGAAGUUAUCUGCGACGAGCAUGGUGUCGACCCUACCGGAAGAUACACAGCUGACGGCUCUUCUGAUCUUCAACUUGAGAGGAUCAAUGUGUAUUACAAUGAGGCCGCCGGUGCAAGGUAUGUUCCCAGGGCUGUUCUCAUGGACCUUGAACCUGGCACCAUGGAUAGUAUUAGAUCCGGUCCGUAUGGACAGAUCUUUAGGCCCGAUAACUUCGUCUUCGGUCAGUCCGGUGCUGGCAAUAAUUGGGCCAAAGGUCAUUACACUGAGGGAGCCGAGUUGAUCGAUGCUGUUCUUGAUGUCGUUCGCAAGGAGGCUGAGAAUUGUGACUGCUUGCAAGGUUUUCAGGUAUGCCACUCACUUGGAGGAGGCACAGGUUCUGGAAUGGGAACUCUACUCAUUUCAAAGAUCAGAGAAGAAUAUCCAGACAGAAUGAUGCUUUCGUUCUCUGUUUUCCCCUCGCCAAAGGUAUCGGACACAGUUGUGGAGCCGUACAAUGCCACACUUUCUGUGCAUCAGUUGGUGGAGAAUGCUGACGAAUGCAUGGUGCUUGACAAUGAAGCGCUUUAUGACAUCUGCUUCCGGACCCUAAAGCUGAGCACUCCAAGCUUUGGUGACCUGAACCACUUGAUCUCUGCAACUAUGAGUGGUGUAACAUGCUGCCUGAGGUUCCCAGGACAGCUCAAUUCAGACCUUAGGAAGCUGGCUGUCAAUCUGAUCCCAUUUCCACGGCUCCACUUCUUUAUGGUAGGAUUUGCGCCACUCACUUCUCGUGGUUCCCAGCAGUACAUCUCCCUCACUGUCCCAGAGCUUACUCAACAAAUGUGGGAUGCCAAAAACAUGAUGUGUGCUGCUGACCCCCGCCAUGGCCGCUACUUGACUGCCUCGGCUAUGUUUAGGGGAAGGAUGAGCACCAAAGAGGUGGAUGAACAAAUGAUUAAUGUGCAAAAUAAAAAUUCAUCAUAUUUUGUGGAGUGGAUUCCUAACAAUGUAAAGUCUAGUGUGUGUGAUAUACCUCCCAAGGGAUUGAAGAUGUCAUCGACAUUUGUAGGGAACUCCACAUCAAUCCAGGAGAUGUUCAGGAGGGUAAGUAAGCAGUUCACGGCUAUGUUCCGUCGCAAGGCCUUCUUGCACUGGUACACUGGAGAAGGGAUGGACGAGAUGGAGUUCACUGAAGCGGAAAGCAACAUGAACGAUUUGGUGUCAGAGUACCAGCAGUACCAGGAUGCAACUGCUGAUGAGGAUGUUGAGUAUGAGGAAGGCGUUGACGAGAAUUAUGAGGGCUAAGAAGACUAUGAAUUAUGGCUAUUUCUUUGGAGUCAGAAUGAGGUUUGACGACUCACCCUCACUUGUUCAUGUGGCAGCCGGUAGUUUCUUUAUUGUUUUGAUAUUCUGUAUCUUGAGGUGAUAUUGUUGGUUUGUUAUAUCAAGCAUUUGAAUAAGGGAAUUUCGUGUUUGAUUCUACCUGCUUAGAAAUCAGGAGCGAAUUGAAUUUGAAGGCAAAUUACAAUGGAUCUCAAUUACCAAUGAUAUUAUUUGUUACAA